UCUAACGCUAAAUUAUCAUAUAUAUACUCGUGCGAGAGACACAUUGCUUUUCCACAAAGUAUAUGUAAUAUUCGCGAAGAGCAUGCGUCGUCGAAGCUCGCAUGCAUUUCGCGUUGCAUCCCUUCCAGUUAGCUCAACGUCGUUGCCGCGAAAGCCUCAAUGGAUGUCGACCGAGACUUGGAAUAUGGCUACGGAUGGAAUCGUUACACCAUGACGUUCAUGGGACUUUGGCCGGAAAAUCGAAAUCUCGGUCGAAUCUCGAGCUAUAGAGCGAUGGUCCCCAUUCUAAUGAUGCUCUGCUUCGUGUGUGCGCCACAGUCGGCCAAUCUACCGUUCAUCUGGGGCGACUUUGACUUGGUGAUAGAAAAUUUGUCCAUGGGAAACAUAACGAUUACGAUUUCCAUGUUGAAGACCGUUGUGUUUUGGUCCAACAGUAGACAUCUCAAGGCGCUUGUGACGUGCAUGACGAAGGACUGGAACCUGACGGUGGACAAGAGGGACCGCAAGACGAUGCUGGACGUGGCAAGAAUCACGAGAAGUCUGUCCAUAUACAGCACGCUGCUGUGCCAGACCGUGCUAGUGACUUACGUCGCGAUGCGAUGCUACAUGAUCCGGCAGAUCGGUCGUCAGAUGUUCUUCCGCGGCUACUUCCCUUACAAUGCGACCGUCAGCCCUUUGUACGAGUUUACGUUCGUCGGGCAGAUCCUCGGUGCCACGUACGCGGCGAUCACUUACACGACGGUGGACACCUUCAUCGCCACCCUGGUUCUUCACACGUGUGGCCAGCUGUCGAAUUUGCGCCGCGAGCUGACCGAUCUGCGCGCUGGCACGAGCGAGGAAUUCCAGGCGAGAUUGGGCAAGAUCGUGAUCAGGCACGAAUAUCUCAAUAGGUUCGCGGAAACAAUCGAGGACAACUUCAACAUGAUGCUGCUGAUGCAGAUGUUGGGAUGCUCGGUCCAACUCUGCUGCCAAUGCCUGCAGGCAUUUAUGUCGGUGGUCAGUGGCGAGAUAAACGAGUUUUUCAUCUUUCAGUUCAUCUUCCUGGUUCCCUAUGUGAUUUACGUUCUGCUGCAGCUGUAUCUGUACUGUUACAUCGGCGAGAGAUUGCUCGUCGAGAGUACGCAAAUAGCAUACGCGGCAUACGACUGCAGUUGGUACGAUUUGUCGGCGUACGAAGUCAGAUCACUCAUCAUUAUCAUAUACCGAGCUCGAUCGCCGUUGACCAUUACUGCGGGUCGGUUUUGUUCUUUCAACCGAGAGCUUUUCAGCGAGGUCUUGAAGAGAUCGGUAGCUUAUAUGUCGUGCUUGUACGCGAUGAAAGGAACCCAACGAAACGAAAAUUAAGGGCUUAUAAAAUCCGGAUGAGUAUCGCACAUAUAAUAUUAUAAUGAUUAUUUAUUGAGGCUAGAACAAUCGUGAUAAAGACGAAAUAUAUUUUGGAAACUAGGACAAGUUUUAAUAAAAUUAUGCUAAACAAAUAA